AAGAAGUCCACAUCAGCCUUCAUCAAAAGUUGCCCAAUAUGAAGUUCAAUAUUGAGUAAGAACUCUUUUUGAUGUCGAAAGAGAGAUUACGGAUGAUGCUAACGAUGGAAUCAGGGAUCUUCCAAUAUUGUUCCCGUAUCCAAGGAUAUAUCCGGGUAUGCUCAUCGGGGCCCAACGGAUCAUCAAGGCUAACAAUGUAUUGUAGAACAAUAUGCGUAUGUCAUGAUUUGCCCAUCAUGAGGAAACUAAAGCUUACCACAGUAAAAAAUGAAGCUAUAUGUGCGAUCUCAAGAGUAUGUUCUUCCUCCCAGAAACAGAGCGAGUCUUGGUAAUACGAUACUCAUUGUUGUUGCUUCACAGAAACGCUCGAUGCCGGAGGACAUUGCGUUCUUGAAAUGCCUUCAGGAACUGGAAAGACCGUCUCUCUUCUCUCCUUGAUCGUAGCGUAUCAGCAAUACUACCCAGAGCAUCGAAAACUGAUAUACUGCUCACGUGAGUAGCUCAGACCGCCCUGCGUUGGCUUGUAUUGAUGAGAUGAAAGGUACUAUGUCCGAAAUCGAAAAGGCUCUGGCAGAAUUAAAAGCACUCAUGAAAUAUCGCGAGGAACAACUCGGUUACAAAGAGGACUUUCGAGGCUUGGGUCUUACAAGUCGAAAGAAUUUGUGCUUGCAUCCUUUAGUCAAGAGAGAGAAAAGUGGGGCUGUGGUUGAUGCGAGAUGUAGGAGUUUAACGGCGGGGUUCGUGAAAGAGAAGAAGGACAGAGGCGAGGACGUGCCUGUGUGCAUAUAUCAUGAUGUAUUAAGUUCUCGUGAUAUUAUGCCGGCGACUUUUGCUGAUACGUGAUACCAGAACCUCGAUCAUCUAGAACCUCACAAUCUCAUUCCGAAUGGGGUAUGGACUUUGGAUGGCAUCAUGAGAUACGGAGAGGAGCAUAAACAAUGUCCUUACUUUACCUCACGGCGGAUGGUAUGCCUUCAUUGCCCCUUUGGAAAUCCCAGCUAACAAGAGCAGAUGUCAUUUUGCAACGUGAUCAUUUAUUCUUACCAUUACCUCCUCGAUCCCAAAAUUGCGGAGCGGGUAUCGAAAGAAUUGUCUAAAGACUGCAUAGUGGUUUUUGAUGAAGCCCAUAAUAUCGACAACGUCUGUAUUGAGUCCCUGAGUACGGAUAUCACCGAGGAUUCAUUACGAAAAGCAACACGAGGAGCACAGAAUCUCGAAAGCAAGAUUUCAGAGAUGAAAGACAAUGAUUCGGAGAAGCUGAUGAAUGAGUAUGCAAAACUGGUUGAAGGUUUGCGAGACGCCGACGAGGCAAGACAAGAGGAUGCGUUUAUGUCAAAUCCUGCUCUGCCAGACGACCUAUUGAAUGAAGCUGUUCCUGGUAAUAUUCGGAGAGCGGAACAUUUUGUGGCGUUUUUGAAGCGGUUUAUUGAAUACCUCAAGGUAAGAAAUACGUGCAGACUACCUCGAUUUUCCUAACAUGGUUCUAGACUAGAAUGAAAGUUCGUCAAGUUAUCUCAGAGACACCGCUGUCCUUUCUUGCUCAUCUCAAGGAGUAUACAUUUAUCGAGAAGAAGCCAUUGAGAUUCUGUGCAGAACGUCUCACAUCUUUAGUUCGAACUCUCGAGUUGACAAAUAUCGAAGAUUAUCAACCUCUUCAAGAGGUGGCAACUUUUGCAACACUCGUAGCUACCUACGAAAAAGGAUUCUUGCUCAUAUUAGAGCCAUAUGAAUCUGAUACUGCCGAAGUACCUAAUCCGGUCCUUCAUUUCACCUGUCUGGAUGCUGCGAUAGCUAUCAAGCCAGUCUUCGAUCGUUUCAGCUCCGUAAUCAUCACAUCAGGGACCAUCUCUCCUCUCGAAAUGUAUCCCAAGAUGCUAGGUUUUGAGACCGUCGUUCAAGAAUCAUAUAGCAUGACCCUCGCUCGCCGCUCUUUCUUGCCCAUGAUAGUAACGAGAGGAUCUGAUCAAGUCCCGGUGUCCUCUGGUUUCGCUGUCCGUAAUGAGCCAUCUGUUGUCCGAAACUAUGGAAAUCUUCUUACAGAAUUUUCUAAACUUACACCAGAUGGAAUGGUGGUGUUCUUCCCAUCUUACCUGUACAUGGAGUCCAUCAUUAGUAUGUGGCAAGGUAUGGGCAUCUUAGACGAAGUAUGGAAAUACAAACUUAUCCUUGUCGAAACACCCGACGCCCAAGAGACAUCUCUCGCCCUAGAAACCUACCGCACAGCCUGUUGCAACGGAAGAGGAGCAAUCCUACUUUGUGUCGCGAGAGGAAAGGUAAGUGAGGGUAUCGAUUUCGAUCACCAAUACGGACGUACCGUGUUAUGUAUUGGGGUGCCAUUCCAAUACACUGAAUCACGUAUUCUCAAAGCCCGUCUCGAAUUCCUCCGGGAAACAUAUCGCAUCCGAGAAAACGAUUUCCUAUCCUUCGACGCCAUGCGUCACGCAGCCCAGUGUCUCGGUCGUGUCCUGCGUGGCAAAGACGACUACGGAAUCAUGGUUCUGGCAGACAAACGAUUUCUGAAGAAAAGAAAUCAACUACCGAAAUGGAUCAACCAAGCCAUUCUAGAAAGCGAAGUCAAUCUAAGUACAGAUAUGGCAGUAGGAAGUGCGAAGAAGUUCUUGAGGGGCAUGGCUCAACCGUUCAAAAAUGUGGAUCAGGAGGGUAUCAGUACGUGGAGUUUGGCGGAUCUGGAAAAGCAUAAAGAGAAGCAGGAUGAAGAGAACAUUCGAGCUUUGCAGGAGGCGCAAAGGGAGGCUAUGGAGGGGGGUGCGAUCCAGAGGGAGGUGGAUAUGGAUGAAUUUGAUGAUGAUGAAGCGGAGGCGGGGAUGAUGGAGUUGGAUGGUUGAGGCGGUGGGGGCUUGUAAGAGUGUAACGAGUAGAGACUGCUAGUUCAUUUUGAUCAAAAAGAGCCCUUGAA